GGCCAAGCUCCCUCCCACGUGACCCGAGCCGUAAGCUACGUCGAGGCAGUUUGGUUAUGAUCAAAGCAAAAGCUCCGAUUCCCUUCUACGCAACCCUGACCGCUCAGUUUCCCACCUAGAUCCCCUCGCCAGCCUCCGUACUCCCUUGUUAUCGACCCUCCAACUCUACCGCGAACGCUACCGCUUUUCGUCUCUGUCAGACUUUCACCAUGGGAGACGUCGCCGUGGAGAACCCGGCGAACAACGUCACGCCUCAUACCAAGCCGGCUCCAUUGGAUACCAUCCCCAACAUAGACUCCAUCGAAGGUACAGGGACUGAUAGUGGUGAUGAAUAUGCCACCCUGAAGAAACUCCAGAGACAUCUAGAAUACAUUCAACUCCAGGAGGAGUACAUCAAGGAUGAGCAAAGGAGCUUGAAAAGGGAGCUUAUCCGUGCACAGGAGGAAAUCAAGCGGAUACAAAGUGUUCCCCUGGUUAUAGGCCAGUUCAUGGAAGCGAUCGACCAAAAUACUGGGAUUGUGCAAUCAUCAACCGGCUCGAAUUAUGUCGUCCGAAUUCUCUCUACGCUCGACCGUGAGAAGCUCAAGCCGUCGUCCUCGGUCGCCCUGCAUCGCCACUCCAAUGCCCUUGUCGAUAUCCUGCCUCCAGAGGCCGACUCGUCUAUUGCCAUGCUGGGUGAAAAUGAGAAACCAGAUGUCACGUAUGCUGAUGUUGGUGGUUUGGAUAUGCAGAAGCAGGAGAUCCGGGAGGCGGUGGAAUUGCCGUUGACGCACUUUGACCUUUACAAACAAAUUGGUAUCGAUCCUCCUCGGGGUGUUCUGCUUUACGGCCCUCCCGGAACAGGCAAGACCAUGUUGGUCAAGGCAGUGGCGAACAGCACGACCGCUAGCUUCAUUCGAGUAAACGGAUCCGAGUUUGUGCAGAAGUAUCUGGGUGAAGGUCCUCGUAUGGUCCGCGAUGUGUUUAGGAUGGCUCGGGAAAAUGCUCCGGCUAUCAUCUUCAUUGAUGAAAUUGACGCCAUUGCCACAAAACGUUUCGACGCUCAAACCGGUGCGGAUCGUGAGGUCCAACGUAUUCUCUUGGAACUUCUCAACCAAAUGGAUGGUUUUGAACAAUCGAGCAAUGUCAAGGUCAUCAUGGCCACCAACCGAGCCGAUACUUUGGAUCCAGCUUUGCUGCGUCCCGGUCGUUUGGACCGGAAGAUCGAGUUCCCAUCCCUUCGUGAUCGGCGAGAGCGUCGUUUGAUCUUUACCACUAUCGCAUCCAAAAUGUCCUUGUCCCCCGAGGUCGACCUGGACUCGCUGAUUGUGCGUAACGAGCCCUUGUCUGGUGCCGUCAUUGCCGCCAUCAUGCAGGAGGCUGGUCUACGAGCAGUGCGGAAGAACCGGUACAAUAUCAUUCAAUCUGAUCUCGAGGAUGCAUAUGCUGCCCAGGUGAAGUCCGGUCAGGAAGCAGAUAGGCUUGAAUUCUACCGGUAAACCCGGGUAUGCAUUUUGGUUGGCAUUAGGUAAUGGCUAGAUAUACCGGAUUCCAUGGCGAAAGGUUGGUCAUGAGUUGUAACGUCAGGAAUUAGGCUCUUAUUACAUAUGUAAGAAAAUGAUUGAUAUGUUUUGGGGUGUUGACCGAAAGUACAUGUAACGUCGUUCACUUGGUCGAACGAGCGGUAGUGACUGGAGUUCAGCUCUCCGGCUACCUAUCGGUGUAGAUUACUAGAUGUUUGUAUUUAAUAGUAGGGUCCACUCCGCUAAGAUUGGAAAGAUAGGCCGUAGUACGUGGACUGU